CUGCCUUGGGGGUGAUUGUGUUGAGCACCUUCAAUUCUAAAAGCAGGCAAAUGUCCGGCUUGCAGAUUCUGGCGUUUCUCAGCGGCCUCGGAGGACUCGGGGCCACGAUUGGUGCCACGGUGUCCAAUGAAUGGAGAACCACCAGCAGGGCGUCUUCGGUCAUCACGGCCACAUGGGUGCUGCAGGGACUGUGGAACAACUGUGCUGGGAACGCCAUCGGGGCUCUGCACUGUAGGCCGCAUCACACUAUCUUGAACCUGGAUGGCUACAUCCAAGCCUGCAGGGGAUUGAUGAUCGCUGCAGUCUGUCUGGGCUUCUUCGGGACCGUCUUCGCCCUGGUGGGGAUGAAAUGCACCAAGAUAGGAGGAAGUGACAAGACCAAAGCCAGGAUCGCGUGCUUUGCCGGCGUCAAUUUCAUUCUCAGCGGUCUGUGCUCACUGUCGGCAUGCUCUCUAUACGCACACAGGAUCACGUCCGAAUUUUUCAACCCGAUGUUCGUGGCACAGAAGUAUGAGCUGGGAGCGGCGCUCUUCAUCGGCUGGGCAGGUUCCGUCCUCUGUGUUCUUGGCGGAGGAGUCCUCUGCUUCUCUGUGGCAGACUGUUGCAAGAAAAGCCACACAGACUACACCUACAAAGGCGCCGCCUCACAUUCUCAUAUCUCCUCGUACCAAAGAGGAAAGUCUAUAAGCCAGCGGCCGCCUCCUGACUACAGCAGCUCCUCCAGGGCCCCAAACUUCGAUAAGAACGUGUACGUGUAAAUGAUGUGAAUAUUAGUAAUGGAAGAUGCUGUGAAGAAACGAUAACAGCUUGCUGGAGGAACACCUGGUGGAUUAGUUACCACUGUUUGUAUAUUUGUAGUCCAACACAGCAAAAAUGACUUUUUUGUUUGUUUUCUAGUUCAAACCUUUUAUACAAAACCCAAAACCAGUGAAGUUGGCACCUUGUGUAAAUCAUAAAUAAAAACAGAAUACAAUG